AUGUCUGUUUCCCUUUCCCCGGUCGAAGCCCGAAAACUUGUGUUGAACUGUCAGCGCGUUGUGCAGGUCGAGCGUAGAGGGCGAGCCAUUGAUGCGACGCUGUCGGCACUGCAGCAUCUUGGUUAUAUCCAGAUCGAUACGAUUUCUGUUGUCGCCCGUGCCCAUCACCAUACGCUAUGGGUACGCAAUCCGCGCUAUCGUGAGAUUCAUCUCGACAAGCUGCUUGCGAACAGAAAAAUUUUUGAGUACUGGUCCCACGCUGCGGCAUACCUGCCAAUGCAGGACUAUCGCCAUGCGCUGCCGAGAAUGCAGCUUGAAAAAAGCAGAAAAGGCCACUGGCACAGCAAGAGUCCGAAGCUGAUGCGUCAGGUCCUAAAGCGUAUUGAAAAUGAGGGGCCGCUGAGCGCGCGGGACUUUGAAGACACCGGUGGAAGGCGUCAGGUAUGGGAACGAAAACCGGCGAAGUACGCGUUGGAGCAGCUAUUUAUGGAAGGCGUGGUCAUGACCACCGCGCGUAAGGGCUUUCAGAAAAUCUAUGAUCUGACCGAGAACGUGCUGCCGGCCGAUGUAGAUAGAUCAAUGCCAGGCAAACAAGAGCAUGCGCGUUUCCUUGUAGAGCGUUUUCUGCAGGCACAUGGCCUUGGCAAGACUAUCGAGUUUUCCCAUCUGCGGCAGGGAUUCAAGGCGGAUAUCGCACAGGCUGUUACCGACAUGCACGAAGCGGGUACGCUGCUGAAAGUUGAAUCCUGCGGCGAGCAAUGGUUUGCGUUAUCGAAUGCACUGGAAGCGCUGGAGCAUCCAAUUUCGAGAGCCUCGGUGCGCAUCAUGUCGCCUUUCGACAAUCUCGUGAUAUUGCGGAAGCGCAUGCAGUCACUGUUCGACUUUGACUACCAGAUUGAGUGUUAUCUUCCAGAUGCCAAACGCAGGUUCGGUUACUUCUCCCUGCCCGUACUUUGGCAGGGAAGUUUGCUAGCACGCAUGGAUUGCAAGGCCCACCGGAAAGACCUCCUGCUGGAGAUUCGUCACCUUGCGAUUGAAAGUAGUGUGAAGAAAACACAAGGGUUUCUUGAGGCGUUGUCGAAAGAAGUCUGGAAGUUUGCGCGCUUCAAUGGAUGUGAUUCAAUCCAGCUCCAGCGUGUCAGCAUGGAGCAGGUUGAUCGACCAAAGCUGCAAAGUGCACUUAAGCGACUGAUCGUCGCGACCAGAGAGUUCUGA